AUGUGUUAUCAAAUUACAGAACGCUAUGCGGCAUGUCACUGUGUUUACUAUAUUCAUGCCAUCAAUCCAUGUCCCUCUUUUGAUCGACAUCAACCAGGUCAAGGAAUUGAUAAACGAACCAUCUUCGUCGGUCACGCCUGCUCAUCCCACAGUUCCUCUUAUGGAUUCGUUGACUCGGCUAAAGAGAAGGACGAUGUCGACGGAGGCCAUAUUUCAGACGAUUAUGAUGGCGCGUCUGUAUUUAGUCAGGUUUCAGCUCCUUCUACAAACCUAACAUUCCCUGAUGACGUAAAACAAGAGGCCUCGGACAUGUUAUUCCAGGAAUUACUCAAUGAAUUCAGUCUCAGACAUCUAUGGCCGCAGAUUGUGAGGAUGUCUCAGCACAAAGAUGGGGCUACAAAGACUAUCGCGAGGUAUCUGUCUCGCUUCUCUCGUGACUUGAGGGCCCAUGCAACUAGCCGUCUAAACAAGGAUGCGGCAAGAUUCGUGGGUAUGUCUCGGCGGACAGUUGCCAGUCGAAUCGUCGAAUGCCACAUUAGUGAGCUCACUAGCAUGAAUAAGUGGCCGUCGAUCAUACAGACAAAAGGGUUGCCACUAGACGGUUACACCGAAGAAAUUGAAGAAACGGAGGAUCUGGACACAGACGAGAAGAACAUAAUUUACGACAACAUACAACAAUUCAUCUUUGAAGGCGCACCGUUCGAAAGCUUACUUUCAGCUCUGAGGCUCUUUGCUUCAACCAACACAGAGUCAUCAUCCGAGACGAGCUACAGUAUCAGGCAAUCCUUCAACUAUCUACGAUGUGGGCACAAGAGUUACGAUGAUUACCUUGAGAAUCGAACAGGUGCAAUCGAAGAGUUGCAGACUUUGCUAAAUGAUUAUGAGGAGAUGAAUCUUGAGCUCGUAGAUAAUACGGGGCCAACCUCAGUUAAAACGACCAUGGCAAAUCUCUCUUCUAUCAUAAAAAGUUCACUUCCCGUCUCUUUAUUAAAGAAGACAUCAGGAAAGCUACCCAUCUUCAACCAACGUCAAAGAUUUGACGAAGCCUGCCAUGCUUCGUCUGCCACACAAGUAUCAGCGGUAGACCCAAAGCACAGGUUUCUCAUAGUGUGUGCACCAUUUAGGAAGCUGGUUUCAAAGGCACACCAGCCUGAUAUUUGCAAAAUUCACUCUGACCGGGAUUUCUUCAACGCGUUACGAUACACUUAUUUCAAUUCACGACGUGCCGUCAGGUGGCGUUGGCUUCGGCGCGUAUCAUCCAUAGACUUUGUCAAGUUUGAAAUCUUUCUGAGUGAGAUUGUCAACAUCCAACAGUGUCCCUCACUUCCUGGAAGUGAAGCACGUAUCGAGUACGAUUUUGAACAGUGUGAUACCAGCCCACCUAUCGGACCAAACCUUUUAUCGCAUCUGUUUGAGAAUCCAGACCAUGCUGAAGUUCUUCCUGUCUUGUUUAAUAGGAUACCAAAGAAAUUAGGAAAGAAGCUCUGUGCUUGUCCUAGGAAAGGGAGCUCAGUUGGGUGGGGUAUCCGUUUCAUCGAGGGACUUGAUCCGUUUGCUGUAUUUCUUUGCGGAUGUGUGGGCUUUUUGGUGUCUUUAUAG